AUGGCUCUCAUGAGCACCCACCGAAAGCCUCUGAGGCUGGUGUUGUUUGUCUUUUUCGUCCUGGCACUCUCCUUUUUUACUCUCUCCUCUGAUUACUUCGAAACUUCGAACCUCGCUCUCUAUAUAAACCACCCUUAUACAUAUGUUCACAGCAGUUAUGACUGGGCCCGUCGCAAACAAAGAUACCCUGUGUCGUCAUACGCGAGCCCUUCCCAGGACCCUCCGCGCAAGUUGCCCAAGGUACAGUUCGACUUCGAAGAGGGCCAGGGAGUCCAGGAAUCACGAAGAAAGGAGAUCAAAAACACAUUCAAGAAGUGCUGGCACAACUAUAGACAAUACGCGUGGGGGUAUGACGAGCUCAAACCAAUCUCCCUGAUGGGGGCGAACACCUUCUCAGGAUGGGGAGCCACACUGGUCGACUCCCUAGAUGCGUUGUGGAUAAUGGAUAUGAAGCCCGAGUUCAAGGAGGCAGUUCAUCAGGUCGUCUCCAUUGAUUGGGAUUUCCACCCGGACCACCAGAUCUGCAGUACUUUUGAAACUACCAUACGGUAUCUGGGAGGACUCCUCGCCGCAUAUGACCUGAGCAACGAGACUGUGGUCCUGCAGAAGGCGACUGAGCUCGGCGAAAUGCUCUACAGUGCGUUUGAUACGCCGAAUCGCAUGCCGGCCAACUCGUUCAACUUCGAGAGGGCCAAGGAAGGCCAGCUUCUGCCGUCCACACGCGAAAUCUCCGCUAAUGUCGGAAGCCUGUCCAUGGAAUUCACACGAUUGACACAGCUGACGGGCGACCCCAAAUUCUUCGAUGCGACCGAGAGAAUCAAGAAGGAGCUCAAGCGGACACAGGAUGGCACCAAACUCCCAGGGCUGUGGCCCACCUUCGUGGACGUGCAGAACGGCUUCCUGACACCCGACAGCUCCUUCACGCUCGGCUCCAUGGCCGACUCGCUGUAUGAGUAUCUUCCGAAGAUGUAUGCGUUGCUAGGCAGCCUAGACGACUCCUACAUGGAGAUGCACGUGAAGGCCAUGAACACAGCAAAGGCCUUCCUCCUGUUUCGCCCGAUGUUGCCGGAUACGGAAAGCGACGUCGACAUCCUCUUCUCGGGCACCGUGCUCGCGAACGGCAGGGGCAUCAUCGAUCUCUUGCCGCAGGGGCAGCACCUUACCUGCUUUGUGGGAGGCAUGUUUGCCCUUGGCGGGAAGCUGUUCGACAUCCAGGAGGACGUCGAGAUCGGCGAGAGGCUGGCCCGCGGCUGCGCCUGGGCUUAUGAAGCUAUGCCCACGGGGGUCAUGCCUGAAGAAUUCGCUAUGAUCCCCUGCAAGGAGGCGAAUAUGGGCAAGUGCGCGUGGGACGAGGAGCGGUGGGAGAAGGAGGGCAGCAAGAAAUUGCCCAAGGGCUUCUCCAGUGCUCACGCCCCUGGAUACUACCUGCGGCCCGAGGCCAUCGAGAGCGUGUUCUACCUGUACCGCAUCACAGGCGACUCAAAGUGGCAGGACAUCGCCUGGGACAUGUUCCAGAGUAUCAAGAAGGUCACCGAGACCAAGUACGGCUUCUCCGCCAUCGACGACGUCACCAGGGGUGGCACGCCCAAAAAGGUCGACUCGAUGGAGAGCUUCUGGCUCGCAGAGACGCUGAAGUACUUCUAUCUCAUCUUCUCGGAGCCCGAUCUGAUCAGUUUGGAUGAUUACGUGCUCAACACGGAGGCGCAUCCGCUGCGUAUACCGAAGCCGUGA